AUGCUGACCUGGCAGCGUACGGCCGCUCCGGAGCCGGCGGGUGCGCUGUUUGUGCUGAACGACGUGUUUCUGGAUGGCGAGGGGCGCGUGUUUAACGCGACGCACCGCUUCGACGUGUCAGGAUGCGCCACGUCAUCAUCACAGACGGUGUAUGGAGUGGAUACACACGUGUCUCGCCAGGAGACUGUACUGAAUCUUCUUUUACCGGGUCAUUUCAUGGAGAGGCGUCCCCUGUACGAUCAGAUCCUCAUGGUGCUGCCGCCCCUACUGCCGCUGCAGCACGUGCUGCCGUCCCUGCGCCAAGCCAAAGUCGUCACUCACGCCAAGAAGCUGCUCCAGCUGCUGAUUUCCCAGCUACUGGGACUCCCUCUAGCGAAGCACUCCUUUCUUUCCACCACCGAUGCCAGCACCACCACCACCAGCAAGUACCUGUGGCACGUGAAAACCCUCUACCAACCAGUCAUACCGCACUGCACCAAUCCCGACCUCCCGCUCUGGAAGCACUUCCGCCGGCGCUUCCUCCUCCCCACCCCUCCCCCUCCAGACCCCUCAGCCGAUUCCACCACUCCCACUCCCGCCCUCUCCUCCUCCUCCUCCGCACGCUCUCUCACUGAGGAAAACCCCUCUUCUGCUCUCACUGAGGAAAACCCCUCUUCUGCUCUCAGUGACCCGGCAUCUCCUUUAGAGCUGGUGCCCAAGGUGCCGCCUGGGUUCCUGGAUGGGGCUCGAUCUGUGUUCCCGUCGCUGCCUGCUCUGCCAGUGGAGGGAUACGCGCAGGGAGGGGACCUGCACGGGUCGUGGGUGCCCAUAGGCUGGCAGCUGGUGCCCAAGGUGCCGCCUGGGUUCCUGGAUGGGGCUCGAUCUGUGUUCCCGUCGCUGCCUGCUCUGCCAGUGGAGGGAUACGCGCAGGGAGGGGACCUGCACGGGUCGUGGGUGCCCAUAGGCUGGCAGGUGCCGCCUGGGUUCCUGGAUGGGGCUCGAUCUGUGUUCCCGUCGCUGCCUGCUCUGCCAGUGGAGGGAUACGCGCAGGGAGGGGACCUGCACGGGUCGUGGGUGCCCAUAGGCUGGCAGCUGGUGCCCAAGGUGCCGCCUGGGUUCCUGGAUGGGGCUCGAUCUGUGUUCCCGUCGCUGCCUGCUCUGCCAGUGGAGGGAUACGCGCAGGGAGGGGACCUGCACGGGUCGUGGGUGCCCAUAGGCUGGCUGGUGCCGCCUGGGUUCCUGGAUGGGGCUCGAUCUGUGUUCCCGUCGCUGCCUGCUCUGCCAGUGGAGGGAUACGCGCAGGGAGGGGACCUGCACGGGUCGUGGGUGCCCAUAGGCUGGCAGCUGGUGCCCAAGGUGCCGCCUGGGUUCCUGGAUGGGGCUCGAUCUGUGUUCCCGUCGCUGCCUGCUCUGCCAGUGGAGGGAUACGCGCAGGGAGGGGACCUGCACGGGUCGUGGGUGCCCAUAGGCUGGCAGCUGGUGCCCAAGGUGCCGCCUGGGUUCCUGGAUGGGGCUCGAUCUGUGUUCCCGUCGCUGCCUGCUCUGCCAGUGGAGGGAUACGCGCAGGGAGGGGACCUGCACGGGUCGUGGGUGCCCAUAGGCUGGCAGCUGGUGCCCAAGGUGCCGCCUGGGUUCCUGGAUGGGGCUCGAUCUGUGUUCCCGUCGCUGCCUGCUCUGCCAGUGGAGGGAUACGCGCAGGGAGGGGACCUGCACGGGUCGUGGGUGCCCAUAGGCUGGCAGGUGGUGGUGGCACACGACUCAAUGCGGUGCACCAGGACAUUGGGGCAGGUGGAGGAGCUGCUGCACCGGUACUUCCCUCCUGACAGAAUCGUCGUCUUCUCCUCCAGCAGAAAGAUCAUGGAAGGAAAACACCUUUUCAACCGAGCUGCACUCUUCAUAACCUGUCUCGGCCUCGCCAUAACCAACACCAUGUUCAUGCCGCCCCGGGCGGCAGUUCUCGACCUGCGCCCGCCCAUCCCCGCCUCCCACACCACCCGCUACACCCUCCUAUCCCGCUCCUUCGCCUCGGCCAACGACGUCCGCUCUUUCGUCCUUAUCUGCCAGCCGGGCAGCGACAGCGAUGACGUGGCGGCGGGAUCCGGCCAAUUGGAGUGCAACACGCGGGAGAUAGACGAUGUUAUUGAUCGCAUUGCUCACGAUAUCUACACCUCACCUGCUGCUGUAGCCGCUGCUAUGUCCCCUACCCGCGACGCCGAAGCUGCUGCCGAAGCUCUCGCAGACGCCGAAGCAAACGGCCGGUCGCUUCUUCGGCCGACGGACCUGAUUCGAGGCUCGGUGCUUCGGAGCCCGCUGCAGGUUCAGAAGUUCCGAUCCUGGAUGAAGUGUGUAGGUCAGGAGGGCAGGUGGGUAUACGACCCGAAACCCCACCGUUUACCCUGGUGGUUCAUGGGGAAACCCUACCAAUGCGACUCACCUAUGAGCGGUCGGCACCACGGGAAAUCUAUGGAAGAAGCCGAUGCGAUCGCGGAUGCAAAAGGGGAUCCCGAGGAGUGGACUGUUAGGGAGUCUUUGAAGUAUAAAUGGGGUGUGCCGGCUAAUGCGUGCCCGAAGGUGCCGGUGCGAUCGUGGGAGGUGGAGGAGGAGGACGAGGAGGAGGCGACAGGGGGGAGGAGGUUUCGCGGUGGGGAUGGGCGGGCGGUGAUGCGGAUGACGAUGCGAUUCUCCCACUCCAGCUGGAUGAAAUUCUCCUCGGCGAAAUUCUGCGAGAGAGUGGGGCGAGGGAGGCUGUUUCUCUUCCUGGGAGACUCUCUGAACGAGCAGUUUUCAGAGGCGUUUCUCAACAACCUCGUGGUGAAUCUCCCGAAACCGGUUUCCGAGGAGCAUUUGAGAAUGGAGAUCCCGAGGUAUUGCUCCGAUUGGCACAACGAUUCGUCGGUCCGGCACGCUUUUUGCAAGUUUUAUUCGGUCAGCGACGACGUCUGCCCGGGGCUCCGGGCAGCUUACGUGCGAACUGAUCAGCUGACCCUAGCGAAUCCUCGCCUGUUUGAUCGACAGCCUUGGUCCCGAAUGGAAGUUAUUCGUGAAGCUGACGUUAUAAUAAUCAAUCGCGGCCCGCACUAUGAAGAGGAUGAGCUGUACGCACCGGUUCUCGAACGUGCCCUUAUGUACCUCCGAAGCCGCUUUCCGGAAAAGCUCAUUAUCUGGCGAAACACGCCGCCCGGUCACGCCAACUGCUCCGGUCAGAAAACCCCGUUGAAGAAACGGCAAGAUCCGGGCAUUCUGCCGUAUAACUGGGAUAAAUUCGCGCGUCAGAACAAGCUUGCGGAGGUGAUUGUAAAGAGGUACGGGGCGGCUUAUAUGGAUGUGGAUUCGAUGACUGCGCUGCGAGCGGAUGGGCAUAAGGAGUUUGUACCAGCGGUUAACAAGGUGGACUGCUUGCAUUACUGUCACCCAGGACCGCUGGAUGGAUGGGUGGAGCAUCUUUACAACACUCUGUCAUGGCUCAUGGCGCCGCCCCCUCCUGUGACAGCAUGA